AGAGCCAAACAAACAAGUGAGAAUAAAGAAAGUCACAGAGGAGAUUCACUUUUGUGGAACUAACUGGAUCUUCAUCUUUAUAGAAGCUCUGUGCUAUUCUGGAGCAGUAAAAGUAUUCAGACUAUUGUUUUGGACUUUUUUAGUUUUUUGUUACACUUGGAAGAUAUUUUGUACCCAACAGUGCUCUUAGACAGUACAGUCAUGGUGUCCUGGGCUCUCUUCAUCCUGGGCCCUUUGUCGAUCCACAUUCUGACGCAAGCCUGCAGGGGAGAGGAGCUGUCCCGGGAAGUGGUGUUGUCCUGGUUCAGAGAGCGGGUUCUGGAGGAACUGGAGCUGGAGGAGCCUCCUAUGACCACACUGCAAGGUCCUGAUAGCGAUACGGCACAGCCGCAUGCAAGGCACGCUCCCCGGAGGGCCUCCCGAACAAGCAAGACAGCGUGGGUCAACCAUGGAACCAGUCUGAACCAGGAAAUGUCUCAAAUUAUUCUCUUCCCCAGUUCUGACUCAUCCUGUGCUAGAUCUGACUCAGCUCCAGGAGGAGCCACCGACAACCACUUCACAUAUUACUUCCAGCCCUCCAUGAACCACGACGAGACUCUGGUCACAUCUGCCCACUUCUGGUUCUAUGCAGGCAAAGGAGCCACAUCCAACUCCUCUGCCCAGCUGUUCAUUCUCACUUCAGAGCAGAAGCUACUUCAGGCGGCAGAGGAUCCAUCAAAAAAGAGCUCAGACGGAUGGACCACCUACCACCUGGUUCAAAAUCUACUGGCCUCUGUAGCUGAGGGCCCUUUCCUACUCCAGGUCCACUGUUCAGCCUGCCAGUGCCACGCCAACGAACCAGACAAGAUGCCCUUUAUUCACCUCCACGCUCAGCCUCGAGGUCCUGUCCGUUCACCUCGCCAUGCCCCAGGAAUCAUUCCCUGGUCUCCGUCUGCUAUCGACCUGCUCCAGCGGCCUUCUCUGGACAGGACCCAGCACAGCGACUGUCAGCGAGCACAGAUCGAAAUCAGCUUUGAGGAGCUGGGCUGGGACAACUGGAUCGUCCAUCCAAAGGUGCUGACUUUCUACUACUGUCAUGGGAACUGCUCGGCCCGGGAUCGGGCCACUGCCAUGCUUGGGUUCAAGCAGUGCUGUGCUCCGGUCCCGGGGACCAUGAAGUCCCUGAGGAUCACCACCACAUCUGAUGGCGGGUACUCAUUCAAGUAUGAGACCCUGCCUAACAUUAUACCUGAAGAGUGUACUUGUAUCUGAACAUUAAAGCUGAAAGAGCCAGUUCACCAAAAUUACCACGGUGCAUGAAGCCAUUUCUUAUUUAAUGUGGUGUCUUUGACUGGAACUUCUCCCUGUGCCCCAAUUCCAUACUAACUGUGUAAAGCAUACUAUAUAUUAAUUGUUUUAGUGUAGGCCUACUCAGUGUUUUACAGCUUGUAUACAAAAUAAUCAACAUACUUAACCAUUUUAUAGCAGCAGGAAAUUAUACACUACUUGCUGAUGCAUGUUCAUCACACUGUGACUGUGGAACGUCUCCGCGAAUAAACGCACAGAGAAAGCAAAAAAAGUUGACUGGCCUAAACAGCACAUACAACCAAAAGUUGACAUAGUCUGACACCACAUGGUGAAAGUUAGAAAAUAUGUUGCUGUAUAACAGAUCAUUUAAAACUUAGAAUUUCUUACUAAUAACAGACGGCCUAUAAACUUUUUAUUUCGUUACAAUCUGCAAGUAAAAGUUCUCAGGCCAACAUUGUUUUGUUUUUUUAUUUGUGAAUCUUACCUAUAGAUGGCAGUGUAGGCCUAUUUUCACACUGCAUCAUCUCCCAUAUGGUCAUAUUCUGUUCUGCAGUCCGGUAGUGUGGGAGAGCACCAGACUGCAGAGCAGCAUUGAUUGUCCUCAAGCUAUGAGACUUAACUCAUAUUCAUCCUCAGCACUGCUCCAUUACAUAUAGUUUAUUUCUGUUUACCAUUUUUACAAUUGCUUUUAAAUAAAUUUAAAUUGUCUGCUGUAGCAGAAGGGAGUUACUAACCUCAAUUUCUCUUACCUGUUCUAAUGUGACAAAAUAAAUCUACCUAUUCCCAUUU